UGGGUUUUUGCCUCUUUUCAGUGAUGGUUGGGCGGACAGAGAUGAAGUCAUUGAAGGUUACGAACCUGAAGCAAAUGGAGGCAUCACUAUCAAACUGCAGUCUCCAGAGGUCUUGUCGUUUGAUGACUACUACCUGAAGCUGCGUCUGGACACCAACACCCGCAACCCCUGGUUCCCUGAGUUCUGGCAGCAUAGGUUUCAGUGCCGCAUCCCGGGACACCCGCUAGAGAAUCCCAACUUCCAGAAGAACUGCACUGGCAACGAGAGCCUAGAAGAAAAUUAUGUGCAGGACAGUAAAAUGGGAUUUGUCAUCAAUGCUAUAUAUGCUAUGGCUCAUGGACUACAAAAUAUGCAUCAUUCCCUUUGCCCUGGACAUGUUGGGCUGUGUGAUGCUAUGAAGCCAAUCGAUGGCAGCAAGCUCUUGGAGUUCCUCCUGAAAUCCUCAUUCAUCGGUGUUUCUGGAGAAGAAGUUUGGUUUGAUGAAAAGGGAGAUGCCCCUGGAAGGUAUGACAUCAUGAACCUGCAGUACAUAGAGCCCAACCGCUACGACUACGUCCUCAUUGGGACCUGGCACGAGGGCGUGCUCAACAUCGACGACUACAGGAUUCAGAUGAACAAGAGUGGAAUGGUGCGAUCGGUGUGCAGCGAGCCUUGCUUGAAGGGCCAGAUUAAGGUGAUCAGGAAGGGAGAAGUGAGUUGCUGCUGGAUUUGCACUGCUUGCAAGGAGAAUGAAUUUGUUCAGGAUGAAUUCACAUGUAAAGCCUGUGAGCUUGGCUGGUGGCCGAACGCUGACCUGACAG